CGCAGGACGGUCGACAUGUCUGCGAUGUGAUGAGUAAUCUCUGUCUGGGGCUUUAGUUUCUGAUAGCGAAACAUUACAAUAUUUCAAAACAUUAAGGCAUUCAAGAUUUAGAUCAAUGGGCUUAACGCAGAGCAGCGGUGCACCUGAGGGCGGAACAGAGGGCUAUCAUGUUCAUGGGAUUCAAGAGAACUCACCUGCAGAGAGGGCUGGUCUGGAGCCCUUUUUUGAUUUCAUCAUAUCCAUUGGCAAUAAUCGUCUUAACCAGGAGAAUGAUAUGCUGAAGGACCUCCUCAAGGCUAAUGUGGAGAAACCGGUGAAAAUGGAGAUAUAUUGUACAAAGACUAUGAGGGUGCGGGAAUUGGAGGUGGUUCCUAGUAACAUGUGGGGGGGCCAGGGACUUCUGGGCGCCAGUGUCCGCUUCUGCAGCUUUCAAGGAGCCAAUGAAAAUGUCUGGCAUGUUCUAGAUGUGGAACCAAAUUCACCUGCAGCAUUGGCCGGACUCAAGGAACAUGCAGAUUUUAUUGUCGGAGCUGACCAAGUUUUGCAAGAUUCAAGAAAUGGUUUAAUUCCCCAACAGUCAGAGGACUUCUUCUCCCUUAUUGAAGCCCACGAGGGGAAGCCAUUGAAGCUCCUGGUCUAUAAUACAGAGACGGAUAAAUGCAGGGAGGUGGUUGUCACACCAAAUGGUGCCUGGGGGGGAGAAGGCAGUCUUGGUUGUGGCAUUGGAUAUGGCUACUUGCACCGAAUCCCAGCACGACCUGACAGCCCAAAAUCUGAAAAUGUCAGUCCUCAGAUUUCUCCUGUGGCUGGGACCCAAGAGCAAGAAUUGCCCACAAAUGGAUUCACAGAGGUGUCCCUAUUGGCAGCAUCUGGUCAGACGGGGAGUGGCUUGGAUCUUGAAACGCCACUGCCAACACCUAUUCAGAGAGUCAUGGAUCCUUAUCAGUCUGAAGUGGCUAUGAUGAAUUCAGAGGUGUCAGACACUGCAGACCGACUGGACCUAUCUGUUUCCUCCAUUGACAUGACAAACACAUCCCUGGCUGUUCGAGACGACAUUGGCAUAUCAGAAGAGCUACAAGACAAUGAGGUUCCUUACCGGGACUCUGAGGAGCAGAUUACAGAGGAAGAAUCUUCACCACCACCUUCAGAUAUUCAUCUCUCACACCCUCAAUUCCCAAAUACUCCACUUGAUUAUAACAUGCCAAAUGACAUGUCAUCUUUGAUGAAUUCUUCAAUCCCAUCUUUUGACUCUUCUGUGCCUCCUAUAGACAACUCUUCUCUGCUCAUUGACCCCACAGCCCUUCACUUUGAGUCUUCUGCCCUGCCUGCAGAACAUCCCUUAAAACCCAAUGUGUCCUCACCUUUUCCCUCAGAAACUGAUCAGGGCUAUUCUGAUGAGCAACAGUCUUUGAAAUGUAGCUUAGUUGAGAGCGGAACGGAAACAGUUUCCUCUGAACUGUUGUGUCUAGAUUCCCAUAGUGCAGAAAUCAAAGACGAAGCUGCUUUUCAGUAGUGUCACUACUACCAAGUACCAUGUUGUAUCAUGUUUGUGAAAUUGCUUAACGAUCAUUGGGUGAGUGUUUUUUAUUGGCUUUGUUACUGUUAAAAUCAGGUCUUGGAUUUAUGUGUUUUUUGAACUGAACUUUUAGGGUGCAGUUCAGCAUACUUUUUAUUUGACAUUUGCGUGCAUGUAGUCAGGAUGCUUGUAGGUUAUUUGAAUAUGAGUAAGCCAUUGUUUUACAAUUUGUAGAUCAUAAUUUAGAAGAUAGUAUUUUAUGUAACUAAGUUGGAACCUUUUCUACAGCCUGUUAGAUUAAACUACACAUUCUUCUGUUGGUUUUAUACCCAACAAAUGGUUUGGUAGCAGCAUACGAAAACCUUAACUUAAAUUACAGUUUGAUAAAUAUUUGUAGUGUCAUUAAGCUACUACACAAUCAUUCAUGCACUGCUGUCUUAAACUCAGCACUCAGUGUAGAUCAUCUCCUGUAUAUUUAGCUAAUGCCCCAUAUCAGUGCCCCAGAAUCUGCUCAGAGGAGCUAUAGAAUACUGUAACAGAAUGGAUAUAUUGCAUAUGGACUAAUUUUGUCUAGGUAUGGCAUUACAUUAUUUUGGCUUUGUUACAUUUAGUCAUUUAUGUUUUAGAAGGAUCCUUAUUUUGCUUUUAUUGCUUUUUCCCGUGUUGCGGAAAUGUUUAAGGAAAGUCCAAUUUUUAAUUCUGGACAAAGGUUUUGUAUUUGUUUAGUGUUGCAAACCAAAAUCUUUCUCUACUGGCUAAUUAGAGUUUGAAAGUUAUUUUAAUAUUUUUGUGAUUUUAGAAUCUUUUCAUCACAAAUAUUUAAUUGGAGUGUUUGAUACUUAGUCUUCAUCUGUAUUGGAGAGAUUGAUUGAAUGUGCUUUAGGUUGUGAAGAGUAAUGUUGUAUUUAUGCUUAACAUAUUGGUUGCCUGGCUAGGAAGUCAGAAUAUAACAAUGAACACUGAAAUAAAUCAACACUAGAGAAAUGUUGUCAUAGUAAACUAUGCUUUGACUUUAUAUUGAGGAUAGACUAUCGUGGUUUAUUUAUGAUUGGUCAUUUAUUGAUCUAUGCAAAUGUUGAAAUAAUGCCAGUGGUAUUGAUGCAAUAUUUUGACUGAGUUUAAUCACUACUGCCACAUUUACCAAGAGUAGUGUCAUACCUAGGUGACUAUUUUUUAUUAGCUUCGGUGAAGGGAAGAGCUAGUUGAGAGAAUAUCUUGAAGUUCUUUAACAAAUUAUGAAAUGGUUUCAGCAGUGAGUGAACACUUAAUGUAAGAGUCUAUAUAUAAGUGAAUCCAGCAAAUACUGAACACAACACCAUCAUGGUACAUCAUGAGGGAGAGGGGACAAUGUUGUUUUGAUUUUUCCUUUCUUUUUAAAAUGUAGAAUAAUUGUUCUUCCUAGUGUGAACACAAAUGUAUAUUUUUAUUUAAGCUUAUGAGGAGAUUGUGUAAACACAGAAAACUGUCUACUUAAACUAUUGUUGGGGGUUUGGGGAAAAUAUAAAAUUGCAUAACACUGGAACCAUACACGGAAAUAAAAUCCGAAAUAGGU